AGGAGGAGGGGAGAUUGUAACCAAGGCCUCUCCUCUCCCUGCCCAUAACUAUUUUGUCUGUCUGCACCACCAUAGAAGGAGGACGUGGACCAGUCUGUGUCUGUGUGUGUGUGUGUGUGUGUGUACGGUCUUGAUUGGAAGCCGGAGACAGAGAGAGAAGGAUAGCUGAAGGAUACGAAGGAAGGAGGACAGAGCUGUAAGGAUAUAAGAAAGGAUACCAACACAAGAAGAAGAAGGAUAACUCAAGGAUACAGGGGAAGGACAAUCAAGCUGUAAGGAUAUAAGAAAGGAUACCAACACAAGAAGAAGAAGGAUAACUGAAGGAUACAAAGGAAGGAAGGAGGAUAGAGCUGUAAGGAUAUAAGGAUACCAGCACUCAAGGAUACAGGGGAAGGACAAUCAAGCUGUAAGGAUAUAAGAAAGGAUACCAACACAAGAAGAAGAAGAAGAAGGAUAACUGAAGGAUACAAAGGAAGGAAGAAGGAUAGAGCUGUAAGGAUAUAAGGAUACCAGCACUCAAGGAUACAGGGGAAGGAAAAUCAAGCUGUAAGGAUUUAAGAAAGACUAGAAACACUGAAGAAGAAAUAAGAGGAGGAGGAGGAAGAAGGAAGCAUCAGAGGCCUAUAAAAGAAAAUCUAUUAAAAUUCCUUCCCCCACCACCAUGGACAAGCAACCUCCUGUCCAGUUCCUGCCUAUCGUCAAUGGCCUACAGAAGAUGGCCCUCUACGAAACCAGAGCCAGGCUGUACCUGAUUGGCUCCAACAACACACAAACCAAAUUCCGGGUCCUGAAGAUUGACCGCACGGAACCCUUUGAGCUGAGCAUGAUUGACGACAAGGUUGAGUACAGUCAGCGUCAGAUCAAGGAGCUCCUGACGAUGAUCAACGAAGGUAACCGCGCGCAGACCGGCCAGCGCCAGACCAGCGGCUUGAUGCGCACGGUCUCGGCCUUUGGUAUUGUGGGGUUCGUCAGGUUCCUGGAGGGCUACUACAUCAUCCUCGUCACUAAGCGGCGCAAGGUGGCGGUCAUCGGCCUGCACACCAUCUAUAAGGUUGAGGACACCACCAUGAUCUACAUCCCUCAUGAGUCCGUCCGCAAGGCCCACGACGACGAGCCCAAGUACGUCAAGCUCUUCCAGAACAUCGACCUCUCCUCAAACUUCUACUUCAGCUACAGCUACGACCUGACCCACAGCCUUCAGUACAACAUGGCGCCCCCCACGGAGGUGCCGCUGGAGGCCCUGACGCGCUACAAGAAGGCAAAGUCUCACCCGUUGUCGAACGCAGAGAAGGCAGACAACUUCAUGAACCUCUCGCUGAGCUCCAGUGAGGAAGGGAGCCGCAGAGCAAGACGCUCCAAGGCCCCAAGCGAGCCAGCUGAGUCCACUGCCGAUUCCAUGGAGUCUGAGAGUGCCCGCCCCUCCACCCCUUUCAGCUUCGAGGGCCACCAGCACCACCAGCCCCCGACCUACUACGGCACACGCACCAAGCCCAAGAAGAAGUUUGUGUGGAAUUCCUACCUCCUGCAGCCUGCUGAAGAGACCCUGCACCCAGCCUGGAUCCUGCCCAUCAUACACGGCUUCAUAACGCAGAACAACAUCUCUGUGUACGGCCGCUCCUUCUUCAUGGCCCUGAUAGCGAGGCGGUCGUGUCGAUAUGCUGGGACAAGGUUCCUGAAGCGAGGCGCCAACCAUGAGGGUGACGUGGCCAACGAGGUGGAGACAGAGCAGCUGGUAUAUGAUGCCCACGUGUCCUCCUUCCAGACGGGCAGAUUCACCUCCUUUGUGCAGAUCCGUGGCUCCAUUCCUUGCCACUGGUCGCAGGACGUCAGCAAGAUGGUCCCCAAGCCUCCCAUCACCUUCGACAUAAUGGACCCCUAUGCUGAGACUGCUGGGAAGCACUUCAACGAGCUUCUCCGUCGAUUUGGCUCCCCGAUCGUCAUCCUGAACCUGGUGAAGCGGCGGGAGGGGCGGCCGCACGAGUCCAUCCUGAACCGCGAGUAUUGCAACCUCAUCAACCAGCUCAACAUCUUCCUGCCGCCCGAACACUCCCUGCAGUAUGUGGCGAUUGACAUGGCCCGCAUCAACAAGCAGAAGGACGAGAAUGUGAUGAGUCGUCUCUCGGCCAUAGCGUACCAGGCAGUGAAGAAGACCGGGAUAUUCCACAGCCAGCCCCCGUACUACUGCCACCACCUCAACCCUAACUCCCACUACUCCCAGCUGGAACGCACCAGCACCCAGGGAGAGCCGGACUUCGGGUCAAAAAGGAACAUCGACCUGGAUGACAAGAGGGGGCGGCUGCAGACUGGUGUGGUCAGAGUGAACUGCGUGGACUGCCUCGACCGCACCAACACCGCACAGUUCUCCCUCGGGAAAUGCGCCCUUGCCUUCCAGCUCUUCGCGUUGGGUGUCCUGGACAAACCCUCGCUGGAGUUCGACAGCGACUGCAUGAGGAUGUUGGAGGAGAUGUACGAGGACCACGGGGACACGCUGGCCCUUCAGUACGGUGGCUCACAGCUGGUGCACCGUAUCAAGACCUACCGACGCACCGCCCCAUGGAGCAGCCAGGGCAACGACAUCAUGCAGACGCUCUCCAGAUACUACAGCAACACUUUUUCAGACACAGAGAAGCAGAACUCCAUCAACCUGUUCCUGGGUGUGUACGUUCCGCGGCGCAACAUUCCGCCCAUCUGGGAGAUCAGCUCGGACUACACGCUGCACCACUCACUCACCAGAGGCAUCCGGCCCUGCCACAGCCACAGCACGACGCAGUGGUGGGACUCCGAGGUGAUGGAGUCGCUGCCGCUGGCCGUGGAGGAGACGAGAAAGACCGUGGCCUUGCUGGUUCCCGUCACCCCCAACGAGCCAAAGGUUGACCUCUAUUUGGACUUCCACCGGCCCUUCGAGUUCUGCAUCCUCUCCGAACUCUUCACAUACCACAUGAGCCACUCCGUCAGAUUUAAGUUGCUUUGGUGUCUGCUCACAAGGCUCCACCCUGCCCUUAGUGGCCCUGACGUGAGCCAUUUGUUCAGGGACUACAUGCCUAACUUCACCACGGACGAGAGCCCCUUCACCGUGCGGCUGCGUCUGGGCAAGCGUCAGGAGGAGCUCGCCCUUACACAGAACGUAGCGGCCCCCAUCAAGAACCCAAGUAUGACGGGCCAGGCCUCAACCUCCUCUACGGCCUCCAGCGGGACAAGUUCGACGGAGAGUGAGGCGAGUGACGAGGAUGAGCUGUCGGUGGUGAGCAGCACGAGUGAGGACGAAGGCGACAGCAACCCGAGCCUCUCCCUCACCUCCUUCUUCCCCUCCAUGACCGAGACGUACGGCAACUACCUCCAGGAGCCCAAACGCGUCGACAGCAUCGUGUACAAAAGGUACGAGCAGAUCUACCGAGCGACAAGUGAUCCUGUGAGCAAGAAGGGAAGCAUGACGGCUCCUCUCGUGCUCAUCCAGCGGUCAGGCUUCUGUCUCGACUCCUCGGUGGAGACGGCGCCGCCCACUGUGACGCGACGCUGCCGAAACAUCUACGAGGAUCACGUCGCCAUGGCCACCAAGGGACCCCAGCCACCCAACAACCGAGACCUCCUUAUGUACAGGGAGUUCAUCAGCUUCUCCCUCUAGUGCCGAGGCUGUGUCAGGUUGUGGUGGAGAGUGUUUUGUGAUAUUUUGGAGGUUUCUCUCGGUUGCUGUAGCCAGGAUUUUGGUUGACGGCACAGGGCAUUCGGUGGAGUGAUUUCACGUAUUGACAGAAGCUAUGAUAGUAAGAGUUAGGUCAAUAUGAAUAGUUUGAUGGCUUAGAAUUGGGUUGACGGCACAGCGCAUUUGGUAGUGUGAUUUUACGUAUCGACAGAAGGUAUGAUAGUAAGAGUUAGGUCAGUAUUAAUAGUCCAAUGGCUUAGAGUUUAGUUGAGGGCACAAUGCAUUUAGUUUGAUAGUAAUAGAUAGGUCAGUUUUAAUCGUUCAAUGGCUUGGAAUUUAGUUAAGGGCACAAAGUAUUUACGUUCAUGGUUUAAAGUACUGUCGGGAGUCAAUAUAUAGCAUGUCUUGGCCUAGUACGAUAUCCAUGUUACUAGUCUCCGUUGCCAUAGCCAGGAAAAGGUUGACGGCACAUUGCAUUCAGUGGUAUGGCUUCAAGCAUAGCCAAGUAGUCACAAUGGUAAAAUCUCGGCCUUAUACUAUAUCUGCAAUACAUGAUAAUCACCGUAGAAGGACAGCUAGGGCCAGUCGUUCAUCAGGAUAUUGGUUGGCGGCACAUUGCAUUUAAUUCUAUAGCUUUAAGUAUCAAUAGAAGACACUAUAGUAGAUCAUGUAUUAUAGCUGUUAAUCUUUGUGCCUUGAGAGCAAGUGUCCAGUGGUUAAGAAGUUGGUUGACAGCACAUUGCCUUCAGUACCACGGUCAGUAAUCGUAGUAGUUAAUCUUCGCCUAAAACUGAAGCUGUAAUAGACUGGGGGUAAUCUUACCUUGACACUGACCUUGAUGUGAAUAAAACCCACACUGGCAGAUGAAAGAUGUAUAGUUAAUCUCGACAUCGAAAAUCCACAUCUUUUGUCUUGCAUCGUGGGUUUUUCUUCACAUUAGAGCUAUGAUACAGAUUAACCUAUUGACAAUCCGGGCCAGUCAUCCUCUCUUUUAUAUUUCCCUAAAAUCCA